AUGACUUCUGGUCCAGUAUGGUUUGAUUUUCGCCACGACAUCGUCAUUUUGUCUCGCUUCAAAACACACCUCUACGGCAUUGAUGACAAGUGGAACAAAAUCGGGAACAAAGAAGUCCUCCGCCAGAUUCGACGACUUGCAAUCCCGUGGUCGGCGUUCCACCCAGGCCAGCAACGCUUCCUCACCCAUCUGGAACAUGUUUCGCGUUGGCGCUUCAUUCUCGGAAAUAUGUGUCGACUAUUCCCCCAUCUCACAGAUAUCUACCUGUUCGUCCCAGCUGUGCGGCAGAAGGCCUUGUACGAUUUCUCGUUGGAUCGUCACCCCCGCGAGCCUGGCAAGUGCAAGUCCUUGAGACCGCUUCUGAAGCCGGUCUUUAAGGACCACGAGGACGUGAAGCUGCCGGAUUGCGAUUGUAUCGAGCCGCCAUUAACUCUAGGAGAAGCUAUGGACCAGAUAUGUUAUGGCCUGAGACUGGAAGAGCACGAUGAGAUUGUUUGGCAGUGGGGAGAAAUUGUGCGUGUCCAUGGGCGAUGGUUGGUGAGGGACGGUUUGGACAUGGAAUCGCUUGGCGGAGUGCCUGGAAUCCAGGUCGAGAGUGCUUUCUGCAAGGAAAUCUCGGGAACAGACUGA